AUGGAAUCACUAGAGACGCAUACUCUGUCGGUGCUAAUGAACAACAUGAUGGUCGACGGGCUGAUAUUAUAUCUCCCGCCCAAGGAAUUUGCACACGAUCUUGCACCUGUGAUCGUUGAAAUACAGAACAAAGUGAAUCAUGCAUUUGUCGCUCGAGCCAUUCGGUACUGCUUAAACAUCUUUGAUGAUCACAGAUGGUUUCUCGAGGAAAGGAGUUUCGUGAUUUGGCAUUUGACAAAUCGGAUGCCAAUCCAUUUUACACGCAUCCUUUCCAGGCAUAGGCGAAACAAGUUCAAGUAUACACUGCAGAUUCAAUUGCGAAACACAUUGACAGCUCCGAUUGAUCCGAUGAUUGCAUUGGCAUGUAUUUUUACCCUUCAAGAGAAGAGCAUAGUGAUGCUUGAUGAAUAUGAUGACCCGACUAUUCAAGACAUCUACAAGACAGAACUGAAUGUUUUCUCCUUUGACAAAGACACGACUAACGAUUUGACCCGACGCACCGAAUCGUUUUGUGAUGCUAUGGCCAGCCAGUUUGUAAAAAUUCUCAAGUACAAAAAAAGACUUCGUCAGUACGCGGAAGAUAGAAUCGAUUUCGCUAGACAAUUCAAAUGUUGGCAACUUUACACAAAAUCUUCUAGUGUCACGCCAAUCAGAGCAACAACUCCCGAGAAACCAAGUGGCGAUCCAACAUUUGUAACUAACGAGAGAGCCCAAUCAGCUGGAAGGUUCAAUUGGGCUUUAUGCUAUGAAAAGGGAAGAGCUGUAGGAAUGUUCAUCAGAUAUAGCAGCCAUAUCAGCCUUAAGCAGGCAUUCUCUAGGAAUACUUUAUAG